ACUUAGGGUGCGUUGCCGGGAUUGUUAUGUGUGGGUAUGUAAACGUCAUACAGUUUAUGACUUCGGGAAGUUGUUGCUUCAGGGGAUCAGAAAGUCUAGUCUUGCAAUUCACUGUCCAGUGUUUCCCUUCGCCGAUCUUUUUACACUCUUUACUGUGGCUUUAUUAGCGCAUCUUGGUAUAUAAGCCUAUAGUUCACGGUGAACCCUGCGAUGGAGAAUUUGUUUUCUUAAGUAUUGUGGCAUCCAGAAAUCGGCAGUGUAUAUCAACGAGUAAUUAGUGCCGUGCCAUCAAAUCUAAUGUUUGCCACGGACGUUGAUCAGAAGAGGUCGUGACGUCAACAUAAUUGGAUUUCGUCACUAAAGGUAGAGAAUGCGACGUAUAAAACUGACCAACCUGCUGAUCUGCGGAAUCGCUACGUUCCUCUUCGGGGCAACGUAUCUUGCAUUCAAGGAACCACCCAAAGAGAGGACAGCACCCGCUUCCGAGAGGGGGUUAGGAGGUAAGGUACCCGACCUGUCCGGUAACUCAGCCGUCAAAUCUCGGCAACCUUUGGGUGACGACGAUGAUGCCUUACUGCUCCCCUUCGCCGACCGUGCCUUACCGCGCCGUCUCCUGCAGGUACCCAGCUACAUGCGUAUGCUCAACGCCUCAACAGAAGGUAUAGACAUCGACAUAGCGUGGGGCGACAUAGACUUUCACAAUCUGGAUUUGAAGACGGUCAUAGUGACAGGCCUGUCAGGAUACACGGAGGAGGAGGGGGUGGGGCUUGUUGCCUCCGCCCAGAUUCACAUGCCCUUCAAGAAGAUCAUUAUCUAUGACCUAGGGGUCAAGCAACGUACAUUAGACAGGCUCUCACCGCUGUGCAAUGUGGAGAUUCGCAAGUUUGACUACACCAAGUACCCUGCUCAUGUCAAGAUACUAAGGAACAACGCGUGGAAGCUCGUCGUGAUAACGGAAGCUCUUGAGGAGUUCGGUUCGGUCUUCUACGCCCACCCUCACCUCCGCUUCAGAGCACCAAUCAGCAUCCUGUUCCCUUACGUCAAGCAGAUGCACGGAUUCAUCCCCAGCAUGAACGACGACACUCCGUUACUUGAGGUCACCCACCCGACCACGCUGCGGCUCAUGCAGGUGAAACCGGCCCAGCUGAACCGGACCAGGGGGCCAGGGGGCUCCAGAGGCCCCGGAGUGAUCUCCGGCCACAUGCUACUGUUCGUCAUGAACUCUACUUUAGCCAACCGGGUUCUGCCAGGGCUCCGUAAGUGCUACCUCCGCAGCAAGUGCCUCAGCCCGCCGGGGGCCAUGUGGCAGCUGCAGCGGCCGGGAAAAAAGCUACACCGGCACCACUUCGACCAGGCGGUGCUGUCCCUGAUGAUGUACAAGCUGUACGGGGUAUCCUGGCAGCCUCGGGAGGAAGUACAACGCAUGAUGAAGAGGCUGUUCGUGGUCCUGGACGAGGGAGACCCGGUGCAUGAAUUGUCCUGGUCCUUCCGGUGCAAUCCGCCCAAGGAGGAGUUCGACCCCGCCAAACUGCUGCAAAAGAAAUUAUGAGAUGGCCAUUGUGAGAUGCGUGGACACAAUAAAAGAGCGCUAUCGCAAGUUCGUUCGUGAAAAAAAGUUGACCAAAUUUCGACUAACUCUGGUCGAAAGCUCGUCAUUCAACGAUGUAUUCGGGACCACAGGUUACCGAAGUCGGCCGCAUUGCUGGUCAUCAGUAUCCGUGGGCAUCAUAAUGCACAUAAUGCACAGCAGGAGGCUACCUGCAGGACCAAGAAGUUUCGUGAUGAAGUUUUGACCUAGGGUUGCCAAGAGAACGGUUACUAUUCGUGCACCAUCCAUUACGUCACGAACCAUCCACUAUAUGGUCCACCAAUGGUCCCCAAUUGGACUUGUUAAGAAUGUAUCCAAUCCAAAUAGCGCACUCCUUGAGUCUGCCAUAGCUAUCAUAAAGGAUAAUAUGUAAAUAUUGCAGCACUGUUUGACCAACAUUCAAGAGCCCAUGGCACACCUUGCUUGCGAAUUGGGUUAACAAAUACUAAUUGCCUACUUCCUCGUUUAGAACAAAACUACGACAAACCGAAAUAAUGAGACGCAAUGCGAGUAUUAUAUCAAGCAUAAAACAAAAAAGAAAACAAAAGGGAUAAAAAGAGAUUGGUUGAAAUAACCAAUAUAUUGGUAGCAUUGAUAGAUUGUGUCCAACCAAACCGAGAAAUGGUUGGACACAUAUCUACCAAUCCUACCAAUAUACUGGUUAUUUCAACCAAUCUGUUUUUAGAUAUGUAGCUGUGUUAAAAAAAUUACACCUUAUUACAGGUUUUCC